CGCUUCCAUGAACUUUGACCCUGAAGUAACCUUCGUUGGAGUAGUUAGUUACAUGUGUGUUAACAGAAGCCGCACACUGCCUCAAGGAGCUGUGUAAUAUUAUACAAUGGCUAAAUACCUUGUGCAGAUCAUCGUGAUGGGGGUGCAGGUGGUGGGACGUGCGUUUGCUCGCGCUUUACAGCAAGAAUUUGCAGCCAGUAAAGCAGCGGCGCAGGCCCGGGGCAGUGCCGGGCAGCACUCUGCUGCAGCCUCCAGCAUCGCUGGGAUGAGCCUGCAAGAGGCGCAGCAGAUCCUCAACAUCACCACACUCACUCCAGAGGAGAUUCAGAAGAACUACGAGCACCUUUUUAAAGUCAAUGACAAGACGGUGGGCGGUUCGUUUUACGUCCAAUCAAAAGUGUUUCGAGCUAAAGAGCGUCUCGAUGAGGAACUCAGUAUUCAGACACAAGACAAGCAGCAGUCGCAGAAGGAAACAUGAAGUAUGACAUCAUCCCUGCCCUUUCUUUCCUCUCCCCAUUCUCUGUAAAUUAUAACCCAAUAAAAGCCUUCUCCUUUUCUCUA